ACAAAAUACAGCAACUUAAUCAGAGCAUGGCAAAGCUUGUUCAAACCCUAAUUCCAGUGCUUUCCUCCAUAGCCUUGCUCCUUGCCAUCGCCAAUCCGGCGCAGUCGCAGUUGACCUCCUUCAGCUAUGAUUUCAACGGCACACAGCCGACCGACCUACUCCUUCAAGGCCAAGCGCACAUCUCGGGCAGCUACCUCAGCAUGAUCUUCAGUGACAGCCCGGGCAGGCCGCGUCAAUUCUCCAUUGGCCGAGCCGUGUAUUCCAAACCGAUCCAAUUUUGGGGAGAUGGAGCGCAGCUCGACUUUGAAACCACCAUAAAAUUCAUCAUCAACCAUGUUGACCCAACCCCAGCCGAUGGCUUCACCUUCUUCAUCCAGCCCGUUGGCUACUCACUCGGUAACGACGGCCAAUACUUUGGAGUGUUUAGACCUGGUGAAAUCCUACCUGUGUUUGCGGUGGAAUUCGACAUAUUCCCCAACCUCCCUGUAGAUCCGUAUAGCCGUCAUAUUGGGAUAGACAUUGGAACAAUUGUGUCCAGAAACACAACCAACGUGAACGGCGGAUUACUGGCGCGGGAGGUGACUGCCCGCAUCAAAUACCAACAAGCUUCCAAAUUGAUCACCGUUCAUACUGACACAAACGUCCAACCUUACGAAGUGAGCUAUGUGUACGACUUGAGCACCCUUCUUCCUCAGCAGGUUCAGGUCGGAAUAUCUGCCUCCACCGGACGAAAUAUCGCCUUUCACGAACUCAUAUCAUGGCACUUCACUUCAAUUCUUGGGCCAACAACCUCCUUCCAAUAUGAUUUCAACGGCGAGCAGCCGCCCGACCUACUGUUACAAGGCGACGCGCAGUUCCCAUCCGACUCCACCAACCUCCGCUUGAUCAACACCGACGACUCGGGCAAGCCGUUACCAUACCGCGUUGGCCGAGCCGUGUAUUCCAACCCCAUCCAGUUUUGGCAAGAUGGGGCGCAGGUCGACUUCGAAACCACCUUAAAAUUCAUCAUCAACCCAGUUAACUCAAACCCAGGCGAUGGCCUCGCCUUCUUCAUCCAGCCCGUUGGUAACCCAAUCGGAUCCUCCGGCGGCGCCUUGGGUAUCUUUGGAUCGCAAAACCCCUCCGUAUUCGCGGUGGAAUUCGACCCCUUCAUCAACCCUAAUGAUCCAAAUUACCGUCAUGUUGGGAUUGACAUUGACUCAAAUGUUUCAAAAAAUACAACCGACGUCGGCGAUGCAAUUCUUGGGCAGGAGGUGACUGCCCGCAUCAACUACCAGCAAUCUUCCAAAUUGAUCAGCGUUAGCGUCACGGCAGGCUCACAAACUUUUGAGGUGAGCUAUGUGCACGACUUGAGCACCCUUCUUCCUCAGCAGGUUGAGGUCGGAAUCUCCGCCAGCACAGGAGGCGUAGUCGCCGUCUUCGAGGUCAUAUCGUGGUAUUUCACUUCCACUCUUGUUUAUAGCGGUGCCAACCGCGAAUUGGAGGACACCAACCUUCGCCAAUAUGUGUGAUAUUAUGGUUUUAGUGUAUGUAUGUGUGAGAGAGUGUGUGUAAGAUAAAUAAGGACGAUACGUCAAAAAAUAAGGAUAGAGACCAUCUUAUUGCUGUAUUAUGUAUCACCUCUUUAUUAGCUUCAUUAAGAGGCGAGAUUGGAAUGGAAUCAGCUUGUGUUGUUUA